AUGGGCGCUGCCCACUCCGCGUCCGAGGAGGUGCGGGAGCUGGAGGGCAAAACCGGCUUCUCAUCAGACCAGAUCGAGCAGCUCCACCGGAGGUUUAAGCAACUGAGCGGAGACCAGCCCACCAUCCGGAAGGAGAACUUCAACAAUGUCCCUGACCUGGAGCUCAACCCAAUCCGGUCCAAAAUCGUCCGUGCCUUCUUCGACAACAGGAACCUGCGCAAGGGAUCCAGUGGCCUGGCUGACGAGAUCAACUUCGAGGACUUUCUGACCAUCAUGUCCUACUUCCGGCCUAUUGACACCACCAUGGAUGAGGAGCAGGUGCAGCUGUGCCGGAAAGAGAAGCUGAGAUUUCUGUUCCACAUGUACGACUCGGACAGCGACGGCCGCAUCACCCUGGAAGAGUAUCGAAAUGUGGUAGAGGAGCUGCUGUCGGGGAACCCGCACAUUGAGAAGGAGUCGGCGCGCUCCAUCGCCGACGGUGCCAUGAUGGAGGCGGCCAGCGUCUGCGUGGGGCAGAUGGAGCCUGAUCAGGUGUACGAGGGGAUCACCUUCGAUGACUUCCUAAAGAUCUGGCAGGGCAUCGACAUCGAGACCAAGAUGCACGUCCGCUUCCUUAACAUGGAGACCAUCGCCCUGUGCCACUGA